GUUAGUUGGUCAUAGCGCCGGUAACGGGAUCCACCCGGCGGCAAGACGGCGAGUCGCUUUCAUUCCGUUGUGAACGAUGGCACCAAGGCUAGUUGAAGAGGGCAACCCAGAUGAAGAAAGGGUUGGCUCUUAGUAAAGCUUCGUCUUUUGCUCAUCGACAAUCGACCAAUGUGCUAGUUAAUUCGAUUUCUUUAUUCCUCCUGGAUACAUACAUGCGGUUGGUAUCGACGGCUUUCCAUAUUCCCGAGCAUUUCGGCUGAAAUUCCAUGGGAGAACUGCUGCGGCGUUUCAGUCCUCAAGUGGGAAAUGGAGGUUUGGUGUGAAUUUCAAUUGUCGGGAGUCGCAGCCUUGCCGCCGGAGGAAAAGGUUGCUGUGCAAGAGUGAAGUUGAUGAUUUCGAGGAGAGGACGAGUCCGCAUGAGAUCAGAAAAGAGGUAGAGCGAUGUUACGAUCUCAUCAAUCGAAUUGGAAGGGGAACUGUUUAUCUGGGAUCAUCACGAAUGGGACCAGAUCAUCCACAUUACUUGAAAGCAUUUGAGCUUGGGAGACAGAUUGCUGAGCUUUUGGAGUGCACGUCAUGGACAGGGGCUGGUCCAGGUCUAAUGGAUGCUGCUACUAAGGGCGCAUUGCAAGCAGGAAAGCCUGUUGGUGGAUUUAAGAUCGGUAAAGAAGCUGGGGAAUGGACGGCUUCAAACUUUCAUCCUUACCUACCCACAGAAACCUAUCUAACAUGCAGGUUCUUCUCAGCCAGAAAACACGGGCUGGUAGAUGCUGCAGUGAGGAACAAGGCUACUGAUCGGACUGCUGUGGUUGCUCUCCCUGGUGGGAUCGGUACUCUAGACGAGAUGUUUGAGAUAUUAGCAUUGAUUCAGCUGGAAAGGAUUGGGUCAGAGCUUCCGGUACCCUUCAUCGUGAUGAACUAUGACUCGUUUUACAAAAAGCUGUUGGAGUUUCUAGAUGAUUGUGAGUACUCGGGCACUGUUUCGAGAGGUGAGGUUGCGUCGUUGUGGAAGAUAUGCGAGAACAACUCGGAAGCUCUAGCUUACUUGGCUGAUUUCUACCAUCUAUCUCCCUUGGACUGACUGUGAAAGGGCAUUAACCGUGUGCUCAGAAGUGCCACUUUACUUUUGAGUCAUCUUUGGCUAGUCGGAAAAGUAGCUGAGACUGUAGUUAAGAAGCCCUUUACAACUAUGUGCUUGGUACUGGGAAGUUUCACGAAAGAUUGUUGGCAUUAAGAAGUAGGAUAAAAAAACCUAUGAGACCCCCUGUUCUAAUCUUUUUUCUACCUAUUUUUUUUUUUUUUUUACUUGUAACAGAACUACAGAAGGAAGUACCUACUCGAAUUCGGAAUUCUGAAAAGCAAGCAGGAGAUAGAACUAGCUAAGCUUUGACUGAUCUAUGUCUAUUGUUGCCAGUCGUUUCUAUCCUUGACUGAUCUGACAAACAAAACAUCAAAGUUUCAUUUGAAAAUUCAUACUUCUGUUUAUGUUAG